AUGGAUUUAGGAGGAAUUGGCCAGCCUUUAAGUCUUUUGUGCAAUCCCUUAAUUAGUCAUCUGUCUCUUUAUGAUAUUGUCAAUACACCUGGUAUUGCUGUAGAUUUAAGUCAUAUUUCUACGUCAUCUCAAGUAGUAGGAUAUCUUCCUUCGGACAAUGGUCUUGAAAAGGCAUUAACAGGCUCUGAUAUUGUUAUAAUUGCGGCAGGUAUUCCUAGAAAGCCUUUAAUGAGCCUUGAAAUGCUUAAAUAUCAAGAUUUGUUUGCUACAAAUUCUAAAAUAGUCUAUGAUCUUGCUAAAGUGAUUGCUAAAUGUUCUCCAGAUGCCUUUAUUUUGAUUAUUUCUAAUCCUGUUAAUUCUAUUGUGCCUAUUAUAACUCAAGUUCUUAAAGAUUGUAAUGUUUUAAAUCCGAGAAAGUUAUUUGGUGUGACUACAUUAGACAUUGUUCGGUUGUCUAAAUUUAUUACUGAAUAUGUCAGUGAAAAUGUAGAACCUGGUCAUUACACUAUUCCUGUUGUUGGUGGUCAUAGUGGCAUGACUAUUAUUCCUCUUAUAAGUCAAUCAGAUCCUAAAGUUGAAUUGAGUGAAGAACAACUAAGAUCAUUGAUACACAAGGUUCAGUAUGCGGGAGAUGAAGUUGUCAAAGCAAAAGAUCGCAAUGGUUCUGCAACUCUCAGUAUGGCAUAUUCUGCGUUUAUACUUAUUGAUGCAAUAUUAAAGAUAGGUUUCUUAAUAUUUUAUAGAAGUUUACUUAUAUUAGUUUACGCAAAGACAGGAGUUUCUGGUAUUGUUCAAUGCUCUUUUGUUUAUCUUCCAGGAAUUUCAGGUGGUAAUGAAAUUAUGGAAAAAAUUAAUAACCUUAGUUUUUUUUCUGUUCCUCUAGUAUUAGGGAAAGACGGGAUUGAAAAAGUUCAUUCUUUUGAUUUCGUUUUUGAAAUUGAAAAACAGCUUCUUAAGACUGCACUCCCAGAAAUCAGAAAAGAUAUAGAUAAAGGGUUAUCUUUUUACACUGAAUAUUCUAAAUAA